CAUCCAGGCAUCAAGAAUUUUAAUAAAAAUUAUAUAAAGAACAGAACUUAGUAAUAUGUUAUGCUUUUAGGAUACCAGUUCUUCCUGUAGGACAGUUUUUUGUUAUAAGGCUUUAAAGAGAAAAAACAGCAAGGAGGUAAUGAGAAAGAAUGCUUGUAACACCCUUGGCACAUAUCAGUGUGUGCACAGUAAAAUUUAACUAUAAUAAAAUAUUCUCCUAUCCCCCAGUGACAUAUACAAAUCUUUGCAUUUUCAUAUCCUAGUAAAGAAUAUGUGUAUUAUUUAGUUUUAAACUUAUUAGCUUAAUCAAAAGCAAAUUUUCGCUUUAUCAGACAUUACUCAAACACGUUUUCUCUCACUUUAUUCUAAAGAGACACUGAUGAAGCUGGAUGAAUCCAUUUUUUCCCAUAGUCAGUGAAGAAUAACUGAAGAGUGAAAAUUGGUUUUAAUUUGCUAGCUGUUUAAAACGCUGUGUCAGCAAACUAAAAGGCCACAUGAUGUUCCUUCAUGGAAGUUUUUCUUCUUAGAGUAAGGUGGGACCUUAACGCUAAUGAAUACAUUAAAUACACAUAUAGUACGUAUGAUUUUCUUUGGCCCCAUUCAUGUCUAUAAAUGACUUAUCUUUUAAGGUUGUUUUAAAUACUGUGGGACCUUGCUGCUGCUUCUCCAGAUAGAGAAUAUAGUUAACAUUUUGAUCUAGCGAUCCCAAAAUCUUCAGAUUUUUACCCAGGAGAAUGAUUAACUAUAUACUGCUUUAUGGCUUUGGGCUACUCAAAUAAACAACAGUAAAAUAGAGCAUUUUGAUUCAAAAUAGAAACCUUUUAGUUGUUGUGAGGAAGUAACAGUUGAGCCGUUUGCUCACUUGAUGGGGUCUAGCCUAUUGAAAAAAUGAGACUGAUCUACUCUUUUAAAAAAGGGUCCAUGAAAGUGAGCUAUUGCAGUGUACACUGCUUUUGGCAAGGUAUGAUUCUAAAUUUAGAGUCUUAAAUCUAGAACUCCUUCUGUGAACAAAAAGUGCUGUUAAAUCAAGUCAGCUAUUAUUUAUAUUAUCCUUUUCACCUAAUUUGAACACCAAAUUAUUCAACGCUUAACUAGGAUCAGAAAAGUGGGCAUUCAUUGAUUUGGCAUCUGGAAUAUGUUUCGUGUGGUAAAAUUAACUGCAUCUGGUUUGGAAUAGACAGGAAAGACAUUUCUAUCACUUGUCAAGUUGUGUGUUUUACUAUCCACCAAAAAUCUCUUUUGAUUCUAGUUAGAAGGCAUGCUCUUAGUUGAUAAGAAAGUAACACUGAAGCCCCUAACACAGCACAGCAUAAUAAGAAUACAGAAUAUAGAAAGACUUUAUACAAUAACUUAAAUUGAAGCACAUUUCUUAUGGUAUGAAAAUUGUUGGACUUACUGUCUUUCUUUAACUCUUACUCUUCCUUUAACUCUUUUUCCACUGAUGUAAUUUACAUUGUCUUAAGAAUGAGCAUAUUAAUUGUGGGUGAAAACAGAAUAACUACUUAGUUAAAUUCUUCCAUUUCCUUUGAAAGAGGAAAGUUGUGAAAAAGCAGCUCUUAUCUAAUGCAAAGAGUCUCACAAAAUAAUUUUAUUGACCCUGGAUGUAUUUAAUGGAUUUUUACUAUGCACAUAAUUUCCAAAAAGCAUUGUUAUUUCUUUAUUAAUUAUAAAUUUGGUGUAACCAUUUCAUAGGGUUACACAGAGCUAGCUACCCAGUUGUGCAUGUCUAAUGUAAUUUCACAUAUGAAUGUAUGAAUUACUUGUCUUAUUCAUGUUGAUACAGCCUCAGUCCAUGGCGCAUCCGUGUGGGGGGACCCCAACAUACCCAGAAUCACAGAUAUUUUUCCCAACUAUUCAUGAACGUCCAGUUUCUUUUUCACCACCUCCCACCUGUCCACCGAAGGUGGCCAUUUCCCAGCGACGUAAGAGCACCUCCUUCCUGGAAGCCCAAACUCACCACUUCCAACCCUUGCUGAGGACUGUUGGCCAAAAUCUUCUUCCACCUGGUGGCAGCUCAACUAACUGGACACCAGAGGCCAUAGUUAUGUUGGGUACUACAGCCAAUAGAAUAACUGGAGAGCCAUGUGAGAUACAGGUCCAUCCUAUGUUUGAACCAACUCAAGUUUACAGUGACUAUAGACCUGGACUAGUACUAUCAGAAGAAGCUCAUUAUUUUAUUCCUCAGGAAGCAGUGUAUCUAGCUGGGGCACAUUACCAGACCCAGGUGGCAGAACAGUAUGAGGGUAUUCCAUACAACUCACCAGUACUGUCAAGUCAUAUGAAACAGAUACCUGAACAGAAGCCAGUACAAGGGGGCCCUACCUCAAGUUCUGUCUUUGAAUUUCCAUCUGGACAGGCUUUCCUGGUAGGACACCUUCAGAAUUUAAGAUUAGAUUCUGGAUUGAGUCCAGGAUCUCCCCUCUCUAGUAUUUCUGCACCUAUCAGUACAGAUGCUACACGUUUGAAAUUUCACCCUAUCUUUGUUCCUCAUUCCGCGCCCGCUGUGUUAACUCAUAACAAUGAGAGCAGAAGCAAUUGUGUUUUUGAGUUUCACGUUCACACUCCAAGCUCCUCUUCAGGAGAAGGAGGAGUUUUACCUCAGCGUGUUUACCGAAAUCUGCAGGUUGCAGUGGACUUGAAUCAGGAAGAACCACCUCCUCAAUCAGUUGGAUUACAUGGCGGCCUGCAGCCUGUGACUGAAGAACAGCAUAAUUACCAUGCCCCAGAAUUGACCGUUUCUGUGGUAGAGCCUAUCGGACAGAACUGGCCAAUAGGAAGCCCAGAAUAUUCCAGUGAUUCCUCACAAAUUACUUCUUCAGACCCCAGUGAUUUUCAAUCACCUCCCCCUACAGGGGGAGCAGCUGCACCUUUUGGCUCUGACGUCUCAUUACCCUAUAUCCGUCUGCCUCAGACAGUGUUACAAGAAUCCCCACUUUUCUUCUGUUUUCCCCAAGGAACCACAUCUCAGCAGGUUUUAUCUGCCUCAGUUUCUUCAGGAGGAUCCGCACUCCAUCCACAGGUUAUAGGAAAACUUCCACGAUUCUUUUAAACUGCCUUACCAUUACAUUUAAUUUUUCUAUCCCUCCUUUCCAUUUAUGAGGAAUAUUAUUUAAUUUUAUUAGUAGAGUUUCUCCAUUUGGGGGGAUUAUAAACUGCUUGUAUUUAAGAACCAAACAGGAGAGAGAAGCUGCCUAAUAUGUACAGAGAGAAGCUUACCUAUAAUAUGUGCAAACCCUUGGAAAAGAGAACACAAAAACUAGAAUUUUAGUCACUUGUCAUAAUUCUAUUCAUAUGUAGAUUAUUUUCAAUUAGUAAUGAAAAUGCACAUGUCUGUAAUGUAAAGUUGACUCAUCAUUGAUUAUUUACAAAUACUAAUGUGAAAUAUUUCUUUCUCCCUAGAGACAAAUAUGGUUAGUUUUUGAUAAAAAUAGAAAGGUUAGCAUUUUUUUUCUGUAAAAUGAAAAGAAUGGAAGAUAGGGAAUACUUUUUUUUCCCCUGGUAGUAUUAAGAAUACACAAAAUUUUCAUUAGUGUGGAAACAUCUUAAAAGACAGAAAAAGAAAACAUCUUAGGAAUUUGUCUUAACAAAUGAAGAGGUCUUUUUAAAAUGGAAUUUAGUCAAACGAGCCACUGUAUUAUAUGUCCAAGUAAAAUGUUAAUCCAUGAAAUUGACUGAUUGUAAUUUUUAGCAGCUAAGUUAUAAUCUAGAGUGGGUGGUAGGGUUUUGUUUUGUUUUAAGAAUUUGUCAUAUAUGUUGCAAGCUAAAGAAUAUUAGAUAUCUUAGGCCUUGGUUUUUUCCUCAAACUUAAAUCUUGUUAUUUAUGUCUAUGAGCAUAUGUACUCUCGCACAAAAAGACUAAUGGACAUAAUAGGAUUCACGAAGUGGAGUCAGUAUUAACUAUUUCCUAUAUUCCUUUGAUAUAUUUUAUUAAAUGUGUAAGUCUUAUAAAAUCUAUAUAGGAGACUUUGCAGUUAUAUAUUCAAGACAUCAUUUGGAUCUUUUAAAUAUUCCACUCUUUUGUAAAGUAAUAUAUGUUCUUCUUUGUACUUUCUUCCUAUGUUCUUCCCCCAUCAGGGGCAUAACCAACUCUGAAAAUGUACAGAAAGUAUCAGAAUAGUACCAAGAAACAGGGAGAUCUAGAAACUUGAGAAGUAUACUGCAGAAGCAUGCAGUAUAUUCACAUUGAUACACUAGUUGUCAGCCUGUGCUGUAAAUCUUAACGUACUACCAGCCAUUCUCCUUCAGAUUUUCUGAAGUAAAAUUUCAAAUAUCAGGUAGUUAAUUUACAGACAUAUUGCAGAAAGAAUGAAUACUUACAGUGGUUAAGAUGCAGUGGAAUGGGAUGUCAUAUCCAAGCUAGCUUCAAGGAAACCCCUCUAAACUGAAAUGGAACAGCAAAGGUGGGCCUUUUCAUUUCCUUAAUUUACCUAUCUUUCCUGCAUUUAUUUCUCACUUAUUUUAACUUAGACUUCUUCUAGGUUAGGGUUUCCCAAAUUCAACACUACUGAUGUUUUAGGUUGGAUAAUUCUUCAUUGUGGGUGUCUGUUCUAUGCCUUGUAGGAUGUUUACCAGCAUCCUUGGCCUCUCCCUACCACAUGCCAGUAGCAGCCACCUCCCCCAGUUGUGACAUCCAAAAAUGUCUUCAUAUUGCCAAAUGUCCCCUUAAGGGAGGGGGGCAAAAUCACUCCUGGUUGAGAACCAUUGCUCUCUGUACUUGGCAGUUAAUGAUGAUAACAGAUUUUUUACCUUUUUCAUAAAAGUCAUCAUAGUACUACAAGAAGUAGCAAAAAGAAUCAAAUAAGCAUUAUCAAAUACCCUUUUUUCUCUAAUUGUUCAGAUACAGAGUUUUUUCACAUUGAUAGUCUUAUUACUUUUUUCCUGGUUAUUAUAUUUUCAGUAAUAAUUUUAUUACAAAUCUUAUAAUAUUUUAGCCAGCUAAAGUUGUAGCCUGAGCAGCAGUGGUAGGUUAGCUUUUAAGCAUCAGUGGUUUUUGAAUGGGAUCAGAAUAUGUUCUGUGAUAGGAUGCUUCUCUAACCUUUCCUUACAAGAGGUGCCCCAACAGUGUCUCCCAUACAUCCUUAAUCAAGCUAAUGUUUCAUUUUGCUCAAGCACACUCUCAGGAGUUUAAAUAUCUAUUGCAAAAGCCUGAUCUCUCUGUGCAUUUACCUUAGGGCUUCUCUGAUUUGUUGUAUUCACUU